GUGUGUGCCUAGUGGUGUACAAUAUCUUUAGACUAGAGCUCUGCUUGGGACUGCUGCUGCUUGCCCCUACCCUGUCCUGCUUGCUGCUACUUUUACCUUUAGCGGAGGGCGGUACAAGACCCUCUUCCUCUUGCCUGUCCCUCUUCGUAGCAGUGUGCGUUAAAGAUCAGAGGCGAGCUGCGCGCUCCUUUCGCGUGUUCGGGGCUCUAGGGGGGCCUCUUUUGCCCAUCACUACCUCGCGUCGUACAAUAUUGCUUGCCUGCUGCCCCUCGUGUCUCUGUGCAUAGGAGAAGCGAGAAGUGCGCGUCGCCAUUUGCCUGUUUUGCGUACCUGCCUGCGCUGUGCGCGCCCUUUAAGCUAGAGGUGUGUGGUGCAUUUCUUGAGCAUUAGUAGUGAGCAGCGGUGGCAGCGCGGGGUUGUGAAAGUGCAGCGGAAGCUAAAAGCUAAAAGCUAAAACCUACACCACCACCAUCACCACCACCGCCAUCUUCUUCAUCCCCCCUUUUUGUGUGUGUGCGCGUGUGUGUGCGUGUUGGGGCGCGUAGCGCUACGGCGACGACGACAACGACGACGAGCAAGGAGAGGUGUGUGCAAGUGCAUUUUGUUUUAUGAAAUUUUCCACUCCCCACCCCCUCUGAUUCCAUCACCAACCAGCAGCGCCAUCUUCUCCCAGUGAAAGUUGUGUGUACGUGUGCGUGCGUGUAUUUGCGGGCGUGCUUUGGUGUGGAUACAGAUGCAACAACUCCUCCACAUCGCCGCCGCCGCCGCCAUCUUCAGCCAAUUCCGCCGGAAUUGUGCAAAAACUCGCGCGCGCGUUCAGUGAAUUGUUUUAUUAAAAAUAUUUUCGGGCAAAACGUGCGUUUUAGGGGUUCUAUUUAUUAUUUUUUGCAUUCGCCGCGUGUGUUUGUGUGUUGCGAGGGAAGGGUAGGAAGAAGAGGAUUGUUUGUGUGUACUGCAGUUAAAGAAACGUGCAUCUCUCGUGCAUUCACUUUUUGGUUCGUUUUAAAAUCAUCUCUCAUCUCCCCCCAAUUUUGUGAGUAUAAGCGCGCGCGUGUGUGUUUUGUAGUGAAUAAGUGGCGCAAAAAUAAAGAAUAGAAUAAUAGUGUCGUUGCGAGUGUGGAAUUGUGCAAUCUAGUGUUUUUUUGGCGGUGGGAGUCGCAUCUCCUUACGCAUCAAAAAGUUGAGGCAGUGUGUGUAUGUGUUGCUGUUCUGUUCUGCUGCAUCCUUCUCUUUCCGUGGAGAACAGGGUCUACUUUGGGACGAGAAGAAGUGUUAAAAGGAACGCUUUUGUGCAGAGUGGGAGAGAGAUGCGCGAUUUCAUAAACAAUAACACACGACACACACACACACACAUUACCGUUUGAUAUAAUCAACCGUGUAUCUGUCGCGUGCAUUUUUUACUUACAAAAAAAGCCUCCACCUCCCCCCCCCCCCCUCGGGUCAGCACCAGUGGCGCACCAAUGAAAACACUCAAAGUGUUUCGGGCCAGCUUGUUGGAAUCGGGCGCGUUAAGUAAAAAGGCAACAGCAGUAACCGCCACCAGCAGCAGCAGCAGCAGCAGCAGCAGCAGCAGCAGUCAGCGGCGGCAUACCCAAUCGUAGAUUCGAUUGAUGUGAUUUUAUUAGUUUUGUAAUAUUUUAUUAUAUAUCCAGAUGAUCUCACAGACGAUUGCAGUGAAGAGUAAUAAUCCCACCGGCAGUAGCGAUACGCUGUGUUAGUUUGUUGUGUGCUAAAGCCACACAUACACAUAUUGUCCCCGCCCCCCAGUACUAACCCGUGGUAAUCGUGUUAGAGAGGGCCACUACUAUACUACUAUCCCUGUGCGAACGGUUCUCUUUCCCGUGUUCUCUGUGCGUUCGCACCUUCGCGCACCUGAUAUAAACUGGUGUGUGAGUGAGCUUUUGUGUGUGUCGUUUCGCGAGAGUAGGACCGGCGGCGCCGGCCCACUCUUCCCAACAAAAAACCCCAACCCCCAUUCCGGGUAGGUUACCCGUGACCUUUUUCCGGUUGGCGCGGCAGUUCCGGCACCAGCAGGUGUUGGAACACAAAAGGCGCCAUCAUUCCUUCCACAAUAGGGUCGUCUCACCUCACCAACCUGUCUGGCCCUGCUGCUACUCAUAGCAGCAGGGGCAGCACAGGUCACCUUCCUCCACCCCCGGGGUCGCACCUUCAGCAACUCCACGGGUCUGGAGUCCUUACGGAUCAUACAAAAUUACAGUAUUUGGGCAACAUGCAGGUGCAUCCCGCACACAGUGGCAGCGGAGGGCAUCAUCCGCCACCGCCGCCCACCCAGGGACCGCCCCAGUCCGCCCAUCCGCCACCGCCCCAGCCGAUCCCGAUCGUGAAGCCGGAGUUCAAGGUGCCCCCGAUACCGGCCCACCUGAUGGAUGUGCGCGGACCGGACGGGUCGCUGGUCAAGAUCAACAUGCCGGAGCAUCACGAUCCGAGCAAGCCGCCGAACAACGUGGAAAUGCUGAAGGUGAACAUCGAGGAUCUCAGCCAGUUUCUGUCGUACCACGAGGUGUUCGGCAAGCUGCCCUCCGACAUGCUGACCGGCCCGUCCGCCAGCCUAGUGCCAUCAUCCUCCACCAACACCGCUACGACCAGUGCGCAUAGCAAUGGUAAAUUAAAUCACAUCCGUCCGGGGCCUACGGGCGAAUCUCCAUUCAAAUGUAGCUACUGCGCGAAAAGCUUCACCCGUAAGGAACACCUGACUAACCACGUUCGCCAGCAUACCGGUGAAUCGCCUUACCGAUGUCCGUACUGCGGUAAAACGUUCACCCGAAAGGAACAUCUAACGAACCAUGUCAGAUUGCACACAGGCGAAACACCCUACCAGUGCACAUACUGCGGGAAGAAGUUUACGAGAAAAGAACACCUUACCAAUCAUGUCAGAUUGCAUACCGGCGAAACUCCAUUUCAGUGCACUUACUGCGAGAAGAAGUUCACUCGCAAAGAGCAUUUGACUAAUCACACGAGGUUGCACACCGGCGAGACUCCCUUUCAAUGUUCUUACUGUCAGAAAAAGUUCACUCGGAAAGAACAUUUAACGAACCACGUCAGGUUGCACACCGGCGAGACACCUUUUCAGUGUUCUUAUUGCCAGAAGAAGUUCACUCGCAAAGAACAUUUAACGUACCACGUCAGGUUGCACACCGGCGAGACUCCCUUUCAAUGUUCUUACUGUCAGAAAAAGUUCACGCGGAAAGAACACUUAACGAACCACGUCAGGUUACAUACCGGCGAAACUCCUUACCAGUGUACCUACUGCGACAAGAAAUUCACUCGCAAAGAGCAUUUAACCAACCAUGUCAGAAUACACACUGGAGAGACUCCCUAUCGGUGCACGUAUUGUGAGAAGAAAUUUACCCGAAAAGAACGUUUAACGUAUCACAUAAGAUGGCAUACGGGAGAGACACCGUACCAUUGCACGUACUGCGAGAAAAAGUUCGCCCGCAAAGAGCACCUUACUAACCACGUCAGAUUGCACACAGGAGAGACCCCUUAUCAAUGCACAUAUUGUGAAAAGAAAUUCAGUAGAAGAGAGCGUUUAACGAUUCACACAAGAAUCCAUACCGGAGAGACUCCGUACGCAUGCACAUAUUGUGAUAAAAAAUUUAGCCGCAAAGAACGAUUAACGUAUCACAUAAGAUUACACACCGGAGAAACUCCCUAUCAGUGCACGUACUGCGAGAAGAAAUUCACUCGCAAAGAGCACCUUACAAAUCACGUCAGACUGCACACCGGAGAAACUCCCUAUCCGUGCACGUACUGUGAAAAGAAGUUCACGCGCAAAGAACAUCUUACCAAUCAUGUCAGAUUGCACACCGGCGAGACCCCUUAUCAGUGUACCUAUUGUGACAAGAAAUUCACGCGCAAAGAGCAUUUGACUAAUCAUACAAGAUUGCACACCGGAGAAACUCCUUAUCAUUGCACCUAUUGCGAGAAGAAAUUUAUGCGCAAAGAACAUUUAAAGAAUCAUAUCAGAUUGCAUACCGGAGAAACUCCGUACCAAUGUACGUACUGCCAGAAGAAAUUCACGCGAAAAGAGCAUUUAACAAACCACACCAGAUUGCAUACGGGCGAAACUCCUUACCAGUGUUCUUAUUGCCAGAAGAAGUUUACCCGCAAAGAACAUCUCACAAAUCACGUCAGGCUGCACACCGGCGAGACUCCCUACACGUGUACCUAUUGUCAGAAGAAGUUUACGCGUAAAGAGCAUUUGACGAAUCACGUCAGAUUGCACACUGGCGAGACUCCCUUCCAGUGCACGUAUUGCCAGAAGAAAUUUACGCGAAAAGAACAUUUGACCAACCAUACCAGAUUACACACCGGUGAGACUCCGUAUCAUUGCACCUAUUGCGAGAAGAAGUUCAUGAGAAAAGAACACCUUACGAACCAUAUCAGAUUGCACACCGGAGAAACUCCCUAUCAGUGCACGUAUUGCGGGAAGAAAUUCACCCGAAAAGAGCAUUUAACAAAUCAUGUCAGAUUGCAUACCGGAGAGUCUCCCUAUCGGUGUUCGUACUGUAACAAGUCAUUCACCAGAAAAGAGCACCUCAAGAAUCACGUCAGACUGCAUACGGGGGACUCACCGCACAAAUGUGAGUACUGCAACAAAACGUUCACGCGGAAGGAGCAUCUCAACAAUCACAUGCGUCAGCACAGUGGAGACAAUCCGCACUGUUGCAAUGUGUGCAACAAGACCUUCACGCGGAAGGAGCAUCUGAUCAACCAUAUGAGUCGAUCACACACCGGAGAGCGUCCCUUUCAGUGUGACGAGUGUGGCAAAUCUUUCCCGCUGAAGGGCAAUCUGCUGUUCCACCAGCGCAGCCACACCAAAGGCCAACCGAUGGAUCGUCCGUUCCGGUGCGACAUGUGUCCGAAGGAUUUCAUCUGCAAGGGCCACCUGGUGUCGCACCAGCGGUCGCACACGGGCGAGAAGAACCACCACUGUCCGCAGUGCAGCAAGUCGUACGUCGAGCGGGGCAACAUGCUGCGGCACAUGAAGAAGACGCACCCGGACGCGGUCAUUCCGGUGCUGCCGAAGCUGCCCCACAUCAAGGUCGAACCGAAGUCUACCGUAUCUCAGCCCGCGUCCGUGGUGACGUCGCCGGCUCAGGCCACGUCAACAAUAACGUCGAUUAUCUCCAACAAUACUCAUCCAUCGCAGCAUCAUCAUCACAUUCAACCGAAAAUGGAACAGAAAUCUCAGAUACAUCAUCUUCCGCUUCCUCAUCAGCAUCCAGCUCACCAGCUGCACCACCACAUCUCGGCGGGCCCCCCGCCGCCGCCGCCAUCGAUGCAUCUGCCGCCGCCAAAUCCGCAGUUGGCAGCGCUCGCCCUCCAUCAUCAGGUCCAGCAGCAUCAGCAGCAGCAACAACAGCAGCAGCAACAGCAGCCGCAAUCUUCGCCUUCAACGGUACGAACCCAGCCAUCCCCUCGUACAUCACAUCCGCCGCCGCCGCAUCCACAGCAGCAGCAACCGCAGCAGCAGCCGCCGCCGGAAAGCCUCCAGCAACAGGGACCGGUCCCAGCUGGACCCCUUCCACCUCAGCACCAUACGGUCCCGGUUACUAUUAUAACCCAUGCUGGAAGCAUUAAUCCGGCCAACAUGCCGGUGGUGGACGGUGGGCCGGCUAACGGUCGGGUCGGGGCGAUCCAGAUGCAUCAUCUCGCCGCGGCCCAGCAGUCGGCCGAGGAGCAUUCGGUGGUUUAUUGAAACAGCAGCAUCGGUGGUGGUGGUAAUGGAGGCGGCGGUGUCAGCGUAGGUGGUAGUACUCCUGGUACAGGCAGAGGUGGAAGAGCAAGUGGCGGACGCAGCAAUAGUAAAGCAGGAGCGACAGCAUCAGCAUCCCGUAUGGGUAAUAUAGAGCUGAUUGUGCCAACGGUUACCACCGCGAGCGGCGAAAGUAUGCUAGCAAGAGCAAGUGCCACCAUCACCGGCAGUAGUAGUGGUGCUAAUGUAGUUGCUAAUCAUGCGCCCUUGCUUCUUGAUCCGCCACAUGUUGCCACCGACGGGCAGCAAGAGUAUCAACAUCCGAUCGCGCUGAUGCCUUUGCUGCAGCAGCAACAGCAACAGCAGCAGCAGCAAAACCUUGCGCAAGCACUGACGCUGCAACUGUCACAUCAGCAGCUGCAGCAGCAGCAGCUAUUCAAGUCAGAACACAACAAAACACUAACCCAGCUGUAGAAUUUGAUGUAAUAAUAGCGGAGGUAGAGGAGGAGGAUCAAUCCAGAUGGAGGAGAAUAAGCAGCUUGUUUUCAAUUUUUGCUAGUGUUAACAGCGAGUUUCUAUAACUUCUUUUUAUGGUAGCAUACAUUUUAUUACGGUUUCUCGGUGCAGUUGAAUCUGUUUGUUGCGCUUCUACCCCUUGUAAUGGGGUAGCAUUCAUGCUGCAGACUGUGCAGCGCAAAAGAGAAAAUGAAUUAAAUGCGACAUUGAAGCGAAACUAAACGUGUACACGUCGAGUGGAGUUCAAAUGUUGGCACACACAGUGAGAGAGAUAGCACGCUGGAUACUAUUUCUGGUUGGGCAAAACGAGUGACUAGUACAUAACAAAAUCAGCUUGUGCAGUCAAUAUAAACGUGACUCACAAACACAGUCAAACACAACAGUGCUCGAUUGGUUCAAAAACAUGAUUGAAAGGAACUUGUUUACAGUGAGUGACAAGCAGAAUAUAAUUGUUUAAUAUUUGUUUUCUUUACUUUUUUUCCAAGUUGUUGUGUGGAAAAUACAACAACCAUGAGGAAAACACUGCACUCGAAAGGAGAAGAAACACAAAAAAAAGUACAGAAGUAUGCAAUUAGUAGUUUUAAAAAGUAGUGAAGAAAGAAAAAAUAGUUCGUAAAGGGAUGAAUACGCUAAGUUUAAUAAACAUAAAACAUAUUACAUAAGCGGUAGUGAGUAAUAAAACCAACAAUAACAACAACAAAAAAUACAAAAAAAGAUGAAUUACACAAACCACAUGUGCAACGUAAACAUGAAGUAACAAACAAUACCAGUAAAUGAAAUGUACAGUUGUGUAAAACAAAGCAGAAAACUGUUUAAGAAGAGGAGAUGUAAACGAGCAUAAAUAUUAACAUUGUAUAAUUAAACGCAGUGGUGUGUGUGGUGGGCGUUGAAAGUUAAAUAAGUAUAGCAACGAGUUGGAUGCAAGAAGCUCUCGUCUGUAAUUAAAUAACAAUACAUGAUUUAAGGCAGAUACGAACAAACGUAGAUAAUAGUGUGAGCGGAGAAGAAAACAGAGAAAAGAAUGUGCAAAAAAAGAAGCAAACACAGUUUAAAAACAAAAACAGCUGCUGCAAACGCGCGCGCGCAUCUCUUAUAUAAGGUGCGGUGUAUUUUUUUAAAUGUAACCCAACAGCAGCAGUACGGGCGUGUGUAGCAAGCAUGAAGUAUAAAACGUAGAAGUAAAAUGUGAGUUAUUGAACUAAAAUUAUAUACACAUAAAUCUAUAUAUAUAUAUAUAUAUAUACCAAGCUAUAUCUUUAUAUAUAUACACAGAUAGAAAACUCACAAGAAAUAGGUGAAGCGCGAGCAGAGCAAAACAGCAGAUUUGUGGUCGCAUUAAAAGAGAGAGAGAGGGAGAGAAAAGGUACGAGAUAAUAACUAACCAGAUAUACAAAACAAGUCGAUAUCAAAUAUCGAAAAAAUGCGCGAUACUAAACGUGUUUUACAUGUAAAAAAAAACACCGACACAAACAAACACACAUUGCAGGAGUAUGUGGGACUAAGAUGAUAGUUACAACAAAAACAAAACAGACAGAUUUCGAGGCGACAUUUUGCAACACUCUUGCCCCCCCAACCAGCCUCUACCACCACAGAGAACUAUUUCCUGCGCGCGCUCUUGUUCGUUUCUGCGUCCUUCACUAGCCAACGCAAGGGAAGUGGCUUGGGCAAAAGCACCCUGUUGCAAUUGCAGAAUUGUUGCUCUUGUCUUAGACAGUUAUACCUUACUCUACCCGUAUCCCACUUCCAGAAAGGUUAUUAACGCAGGGCCCCCAUAUAUUUGCUUUGCCGGAACGCAAAUCUUUAUAUAGAGGUUUACAUUCAUAUAUAUACUUAUAAAUAUAUGUGUGUAGUGAAAUGGAAGCAAAAGAGAGGAAGGGGUUUGGUGUUCGGAACUAUGUUCUGAUUUUAACAAAACAACAACAACAAAAUGUAGAAGUAAAAGGUAAAAUAAUACUUUCGGUAAAAAUAAAUAGCAACAGUGAAAAUGCAAUGCGAAAAACAAACAAACCACACUCACCAGAAUUAUUACACAAAAUCAUGCAAAUUAUAAGAUCGUUCAGUUUUGCGUUAGAUAUCACCAACAACGGAAAUCAGGAGAGAGAGAGAGAGUUCAUAAUACGCUCUGGGAGUGGUGAAGCAAAAUUAGUAAAAUAAAAAAAAAGAAGACCCAUGAGAAUCAAUACUUAAUCUUAACAAAAUUGUUGAAAUAGAUGAAAUAGUGUGAGAAAUAAACAAAGUAAUCUUAAACAAACGAACAGCAGUAAUGGACAUGUAGCAACAACACGCGCAAACACGGCAGAGGGGUAGCAUUUUGCUGUAAUCGUGUGUAUGUGUGUGUGCGUGUUUAGAAAGAACCUUCGCCAAACCGUUGUGGUGGAAUAGGAGGACAAACAUCAGUCACACCGGGUGUUGUAGGAGGACACAGUUGACACACUAGCGCAAUCUCUCAAUAGUACAUGCCUACUCUACUACACAUUACUGCAACUUUCGAUCAAUCAACAAUGCUCUCCCCCCCGCCCCGUUGUGCUGUAUCGGAGCUGUUUUUGGUUAACAUCCUUCCUCCCCACUCCUUUCCCCGUGUGCACAGUUCAGCAAAAUACAAAUGUAAUAGUAGUGUACUAAACGUUACAAAAAAGCGCAUGAGUAAGAAAACAAUAGCAUAAGGAAAAUUCAAACACCGUGUAGUGUGUAGAGGGACAGUCGGUUGGGGGGAAGAAGACUUUUUUACAAACGUUGUUAAAGCUGCAACAAAAAUCGAACCCCUCUUAGUGUAGACCACAGGUUAGAGGAAUAUACCGUGCCCCCUAGUGGUUUUAUGAAAGUGAAGCAUACACACAUACAACACAAACCUAGAAACGAGAAAGAUAGAGAGAGAGAGAGAGAGAGGAAACUCAACUUUCGCGGGUGGAAAAUAGUACAACUUUAUGUAAAGUGUUUAAGGUAAAACGAAACAAAGUAAAUACAAAUGUAACAUUUAACAGUGUUACAACAAACAGAAGAACAAUAGCGAAGGAGAAGAAACGAAGUGGAAAGAUAAAUUUAAAGAGAAAAAACACACAGACACACACAGGCUUUUAACGUGAUAUACGAUAAGAGGAACAAUUCGCGUACAAGACAAAGGGUACACACACAUUCAAUACAAACACACACACACACACACAUCCACACUACAUUAAUAGUUGUUUUUGAGUUUGAGAAUCUCAGCUGUGUCUAUAUUUAACCAGGACCCACAAUUCUUUCACAAUCAAUCAAGACAAGGAUAACGUUGUGUUGUGUUUUGCGACCGAUGAUGAUGAUGCUAAUUUCAUUCACAUAUUAUUGUGCUAUCAUUACAAUUUCAAUCCAUUUACACAAUAGAAGCAUACAGUAGUGGCUUAUCGCUUCACGCAUAUGAGAUAUAACCAUAGUACAUUGAACUACAACAACAGCAAGCAACAGACAGAGCCAGUACAUUAUACUACAAUAGUUUCGUUCUCUCAGUGUGUAUUUGUAAGGAUAGAUUUAGACGUCUUAACCCCAGUUUGCUGUUUUUCUUUUUCAAUAAUACAAACUCUUACAUACACACACACAUUGACACACUACACAAUAGAAAAUAGAACCAAACAGCAGUACCAUCACAUACCUACCUUUUCAUCAAACACCAACAGCAAAACCAGGAGAAUCGUCACCGAAUAUCUGGUGAUACACUCUGUCAUUUGCUUUAUAAAAGAGUACAUAGAUGUAAUGCUUCUUCUGUGUUAAGCUUUGUCUAUUACAAUAGAGAUAUCAAUAGAAUUCUAAGCUAUCACCACUAAUACAAUACGAUAGGGACACACUCAUACCAUAAAACAACAAGUAAGCCAAACCAAUUUUACAGUAAACUCUACAAUCAAUGCUUCACCACAACAGCUACAACAGAACAGACAGCGCAUCAAAACAGUAUAACUCCUUCAUAUAGUGUAUCUUGUGUCUGCACAAACUUACAAUAGGCUCUUACAAAACAACCAAGCAUGUAGUGUUGAAAUAAUUGUUUUUUCCCCUGUAAUAAGGCUUCAUGCUGGGUCGUUCGGAGGUCAACGAUGCUUGCUAAUACAAUAGAAACAGAGAAAUUAAUUUAAACAAUCACGUUUACGUUUUUUGCUCCUGUUCAGUGCAUUUUCCAACAUACAUCCCUCUUUUAGUUUGUUUAUACGUGCUUCUUGCGCGUGUGUCUUAGUUUUCAAAAGUUGUUUAAGAUUUCCUAAGUUAUCUCACGUCUCGGUAAAACAGGAGAACAAGAACGAAUGUGUACUUGUGUACUUGAACUUGAUAGAUUGAUUUCAACACGAGUAUAACGACAACCACAACUACAACCAACCAACAAAUCAUCACAAACCUCCUAAUUACCUUCAUCGAUCCCAGUUUUCUGAUUUUAAAAGCAAAUAAAACAAACAAAGUUGCGUAUUAUGAAAAAAAAAAACAAAGCGAAAUACGUUCCUUUCCGUUGUGAUACUAUAAAGAGCAAGGGCGACAGAUUUGAGGGCAAUGUUUCGAUAUGAUGAGUGUGUUUGUGUGUUUGUGUGAUGGGGAGAGGGUAACAACCCCUUUUCCCAGAAGUAAAAUGAUUAAAAGAUGAGAGAGCAGUAACGAUCGUACUACGUGAAGCAAGGUUUUAUUUGGAUUUGGAUUAUAUGUUAGCAUUAGUUGUAUUAAACAAAAAGAUUGCAAUUCUAAUCCUCUUUUCAUCCCUGUUGGUGAUGUGUGACCCGCGCAACAUCAAUGCUUUUUUUGUUUGUUUUCGUUUAACUCAAUCGAGUGCAAACUUAUUUUAGCUGAAAUAGUCUAUAUUAAUAUAGUUAACGAUUUUAUAAAAUCAUUUUUUCAUAUAUACGUAUAUGCAUAUAGGUAUGUUUUUUUAUGUAUGCAUUAUUAAAGUCUUUCUUUUAGUUUGUUUUAGUAGCGGAGUGGUAAGAAAAUAUGUGUGUUUGUUAAGAAAAAGUCGAAUAACAAUGGAUUAAUUAAGCGUAACGCCAAGAUCAAGAACACGCGCUUGGUGAGCUCAUCAUUUCAUGAAACCAUCCAAUCAUCUAAUAAAAGAAGAAGCGUGUUGAGUUAAACUAAAUACAAAACAUUGUGUAAUAUGCGUAUCGAAGAGAGGAGAUAGCUGAACAUAAUUCAUCCUAGAUGAGCACAUCAUUGUUGCGAACAAAAUUGAAAUGCUGAGUGUGUAAACGUAUUUCAGUAACACCAAGAUUGCAGAUAUUGCGCAAAAAAGGGUAAUUAUCUUUCUUUUACUAAAUCAUCGCACAACUUGUAAAAUCUGAAGUGUUGGAAAGUAACUGGUGAGAAGAGCGUAGCGGGGUUUGAAUUAUUGUGUUCGUUCGGGAACGUUUGUAAUUCGUACUAUGAUUGUAAUGCAAAAGUACACAACAGGUCUGAGUAAAAUAUGUAGUCUUUACGCAAACUUACGCCAUAUUAUACGAAGCAGCUAAUGAAGUGGAAAGAAAAAAAAAGAAAGGAAGCAAAAAGAAACGCUGAAAAUUGUUAAGUCGACAAAAGGAAAAGAAGACAAACUGAGGAAUAUAAGAAGGAAAGGCAAGGAUAUGAAAUAUGGAAACUAACAAUAGAGAUGAGUCAUAUAAAAAAAAACACAGUACACUUUAUGAGUUGUUGUUUUUCAUUUAUUGUAUCGUGUUUUAUUCUGAUUCUGUUUUAUUGAUUUACAAAUUGGUGCUAUUUACUAAAUUAUUUUUUAUUUUCAGAUAUUUAUAUGAAUUGCUGGCGGCGCUGAAGGGAUGUUUUUAUGUUAUCUUUGUUUGUUCUAAUUUUGAGAAAAUAUUUUAUUUAUUUUUACAACCUAAAACGUGAAUUUCAGUUUCAGUACCCAUAACAAGCGUAGUGUGAUCGUCACUGAUAUCCAAUCAACGUCGUACGAGAGUUAAACAGAAGUGACCGUGCGGAACUUUUCGAAACAAUAGUGCCCAAUCUAGUCAAUGAGAUUAGAUUUGUGGUUUUUACUUUCCCUCCCAUUAUAUUGGGUUGUAUUGGGGUAUAUUUUGUUUUUCAGCAAACACCUAUAAAGUAUUCAUUUACCAUUUACCACAAGGAGACAUGUACAAAAGUAGCGGCAUCCUUAGCACAUUUUCACAAUGUAACGAAUGUGCAAGCUACACAAUAACGACGCAACAUGUUGUACUUGUAAUAUGUUUAGUUUGUUGUUAAGUUGUUAUAGCGGAUGUAAAUACAAAGAGAGGAACAGAAAACACGCAGAAAAAAGGAAGAAGUAAUGGAAAAAGGGAAAAAGGCAAAAUUAAAAUAGCCAAUACGAAGAAGUAAAACAAAAAGGCAAAAGCAAAUAUAAAUAAACGAAAGAAAAAUGUGGUAAAAAAUGUAAGCAGCAAAAAGAUAUCGGAUUCAGUGAAUGAUGAGGCAAAUAAGAGUGAAUAAACAUAACAUUAAUGAACUUUUUUGUCAACUGUUUGAAUCCUUUUUUCUCACAUUGCAUACUUUUCAGUAAAGGGUAAAACAAUUCGCGCAAAAUGAUGUUGAUGGUUUUUUUACAACCUCAAUGUAAUAAAAAACAAUACCUAGAAAGUGAUAUGAAAAAAGACAACGUUUUUGCCGCGACUCAUGUGUGUGUAUAUAUAUAUAUAAACGAGUGUGCAGGACGAGAGAAGGAAAUGAGUUGAACAAACGAGGAAAAGAAUACGAGGAGGAAGAAAAUCGUGUAAUUUAGUAAUAACAGAGAACUAACACGUAAGGAGGAAGCGUUGGUGUUGCUAUAGUGAUUGCAGUGUAUGUAAAAAAGGCACUCGGGAUAGGAAAAUCGAAACCGUUUAAGCAUAAAGCAGGCUGCGUAAUUGUGGUGAUCUAUUUUUAGCAGAACAAAGUCGUGCGGAAACGGACUUCCGGAACGGAUCGAGCGCAGGAAAUCGAGCUGAAACGGGAGAGAAAGGAUCGAGCGUAAUAAGUAUUAAAGGAAUUCGUGCUUUUGUAAAUAAGGAAAAAUGAAGCUGUGCACAACAAAAACUGGAAAAACUGGAAAAUCUUAAGGACUGCUGUGACUGUCUGUGAGAUUCAAUGGAAGGGAAGUAUUGCAACAACCACAUUAUACAAUUGUGUGUGUGUGUGUCGUCUACGCGUUCUUGUGUUCAAAGCUGAAGGCAGGUGUGUGUGUGUAUGAGUGCAAAAGAAAGAACUCUACCAAACGAAUGCGAAAGGAUAUUUAAAAAGGUCGAAGGGUGAAGGUGGAAAGAAAUUGCGAGUAAUUUAAUUUAUUUUACACUAUUUUACAAUUUUACUUUUCAAUUACGAGCUAGGAACAGAAGUGAAUAACAAUAAAUCCGCAUAGAAGAGAUGGGAAAACUUAUGUGUGUGUGUGCGUAAGAGAGAGACGACACGGGCGUAAAUCAGUAUUUGGCCGGCUAGAGCAAUAUUGAGGGACCGUCGAAUAAUAAUAAUUAUUAUUAUUAAAUAAUAGUGUUCACAGGCAUCUUUCAGUUGGGAAAGAUGUGAGAUACGAAACAACACACACACACGAGAGCGAUGGAAAGGAGAAGCGCGAAAAGAACACAAAAGGAACAGACAAAAAACACACACAUAAAAAUCUUUGCAUACAAAUCAUGUGCAGCAUAGCUGCAUUUUAUACGAAUUUUCUAUUUAAAAAAAACGAAAACAAUUGGACAGACGCACAAACACACUCCUUUAACACUUGCUUCGGAAUGGUGAGCAAGUUUUAUUUUUUGAAAUCGUACGGGUUCUUCAAGCAAAAGUGAGGUUCAGACAGAGAGAGAGGGAGAGAGAGUGAACCGGGUGAUUUAUUGCGAUUUUGUACGGAAAUUAAUCGCUGGAAAACGACCGAUAACAAUUCGCUUAUAUUUAAUGUGUGUGUGUGUUUGUAUGUGAGUGUAUAGACAAGGUGAAAGAUGAAGCAGAAAGAAGUGUGAUAGGAGCUAAAGAUUAUUGUAUAUUUUUCUAUUGUUUUGCUUGAUUUUAUUGCCUAUGCUAUUUUGUGAGUUCUAAUAUCAGAAGAAAAUGCUUUGGUUGAAGUUUUCUCUUUGUAUGAAAAAUUCUUGUAAAGAUAAUGUUUUACAAUGUAUAAUUCAAUAAUGGAGUUGUAUCAUGAUUUCAAGAUAGACAUCCCUAACAUGUUUACAAUGUAUGGAAUUUACUUUAAAAGGUAGCUGAAAUUAACAAAAAAAAAACGCAGCAUAAAUAUAAAAGCAGGGGAAUGAUGAUAAGACUCAACAGCGCAUUGUAAGGAAAGGGAGGGGGGAAGUAGUAAGGUAAAAAAAUGUAGUAACGCAAAAUUAUUCACCAUACACUUUAGCGAUAUUUCGAGUAAAGAAGAAAACAGAAAACAAGGAUUGGAGUCACAGGGGAGAGCAGAGAAAGGAAUGAAGAAAGGAGUUUACAUUGGAAAUGCAAAACAUUUCCUAAUUGAUUGGCUGCCUCCGCCGCCGCCGAAAGAACAUGUACACGCGCUAUCGUAAAUGUGAGUAGAACACAGCAGUAAUGAUCAAAAAAACGUCGAAAAAUGAAACAUACAGGAUGAGACCAGCAAACACACAUUUAAACAGACGACAAAGGUUCUGGCUUGGGGAAAGUAAAAUGGAACAAAAACAAAAUAACCUCGUUUUUUUGUAUUUAGUUAGCAUAAUUAUGAGUUUUACUUUCUUUCCGGCAACACUUGAUUUUUUAUUUAUUGAUUAUUAUUUAUUAUUAUUGAUUAUUUUGGAAAACAAAAAAAAAACACCGUUGCUUGUAACAAACACAGAACAAAGCAACCCAAUUCCGCUGUAAUGUGAAAGUAAAAAGCUUCCCCCUUGAACAAAAGUGCAUAAAUUAGUAAACAAUACAACCGGUGCAAACAGUGAAUGGAACAAAGGAAACAGAUAAGAAAGAUAUUUGCAACACCAACACUAAACAAUAGGAUACUAUAAACCGAACCGUGAAUCUGGAUUGUGGUGACGAAGUAAUUACCUGGCUACACACAAUAAAACUAACGAAGCGCUAAAGCAACAAUAAUGACACACUCUCGUACUCGUACUUCUUCCUACCAUGUAAACAGAACACAGUGUUUGUACAUCCUGUACAAACACAGCAAACAAAAACGUUUACACCAGCUUCAUUCAAUGCAAAGGGACAGGUUAAGAUGUGUACAAUAUAGAAAACAAAUAACUAAACACAAAAGAACAGUAAAUACUGAUCAGAGUAAGUGGUUGUAGCAGCAGUGUAAAACUCAACAGUCACCCAUUAAAGAACGAAAAAGCAAGCAACAAAACCCCAACAUUGUGAAUGAUAACAUAGAAACCUACCAACUAAACAGCAAACCAAACACAAUAAUAGUAAUACAUAUACAUAGCAAGCAGCAGUAGAAAACGCAAAGAGGUUUACAUGCAAUACACAAAAUGUGAGACAUAAAACAAAGGAAAAGAAAAAAAAAAGAUAAAGAAAUGGCGCUGAAUUUACUUGUAAGCCAAAUUCCGCAUACACCUAAAGAAGGGGGAAAAAUAGCGCUCUGUGCGUGGCAAGUAUGAAAUAAGUGCAGAAGAUAUAUAUUUUUAUUUCUUUUUUAUACGAGCAUAACUAGAGGAAGAGGUGAGUGGUAAGGAAUAAAUGGAAGAAGAAAACCAGAUAAUAACAA